CGGCGGCGGCGGGGCAGCGGGGCAGAGCAAGCCCAAGAGCAGCCUGGUGAAGCCGCCCUACUCGUACAUCGCCCUCAUCACCAUGGCCAUCCUGCAGAGCCCGCAGAAGAAGCUGACGCUCAGCGGCAUCUGCGAGUUCAUCAGCAACCGCUUUCCCUACUACCGGGAGAAGUUCCCCGCCUGGCAGAACAGCAUCCGCCACAACCUCUCCCUCAACGACUGCUUCGUCAAGAUCCCCCGGGAGCCCGGCAACCCGGGCAAGGGCAACUACUGGACGCUGGACCCGCAGUCCGAGGACAUGUUCGACAACGGCAGCUUCCUCCGCCGCAGGAAGCGCUUCAAGCGGCACCAGCAGGAGCACCUGCGGGACCAGACGGCGCUCAUGAUGCAGGGCUUCGGCGCCUACGGCCUGGCCGGACCCUACGGCCGCCCCUACGGGCUGCACCCCGGCGCCUACACGCACCCCGCGGCGGCCGCGGCCGCGCUGCAGUACCCCUACAUCCCCCCGGUGGGGCCCAUGCUGCCGCCCGCCGUGCCGCUGCUGCCGUCCAGCGAGCUCAGCCGCAAAGCCUUCAACUCCCAGCUCAGCCCCAGCCUGCAGCUGCAGCUCAACAGCCUGGGCGCCGCCGGCUCCAUCGUCAAAUCGGAGCCCAGCAGCCGCCCGUCCUUCAGCAUCGAGAACAUCAUCGGCGUCCCCGCCGCCAGCUCGGCCGCCAGCGCACAGACUUUCCUGCGGCCGCCGGUCACCGUACAGUCGGCUCUCAUGGCCCACCAGCCGCUGGCGCUGGCCAGGACCACCGCGGCCAUCGCCCCCAUCCUCAGCGUGCCUACCAACAUCAUCGCGGGGCAGUUCCUGCAGCCCGCAGCCCCCGCCGCAGCCGUGCAGGCCAAGUGGCCGGCGCAGUAGCCCCGGGCUGUAGCUCCGGGCAGCGCCCCGGGGAGCUCCGGCCGCCCCCUCGGGGUUCCGCGGCCGCCCGGGCUCGGAGCAGCAGCGGGCAGCGGCCGCCGCCGCUUGUACAUAUUUGUAUCAAAAAUCACUGACGUUGCUUUCGGGGUUUUUAUUUUUCUAAAGAGGCGAAAAUGACGGUCGCGAUUAGGAGCUGCGAACUUUCACUUUUUUUGAAGGUUCCGGCGCUCCGAGCGGUUUUAUCCGAAAUAAACGAACACACGAGAAAAAAAAAUAAUUGUAUAAAAAAAAGAAAUAAGCGGGGAAAAUUUUAAAUAUUAAACGAACGAACAGGGAAAAAAAAAAAAAGAAUUUUGGAGAGAAAAAAAAAGGAGGAAAAACGCUGUCAUUCUAUUAUAGAAGUCUGUUUAUAUAUGAAUGAAUAUAUGUAUUCUAAAUGUUAUCCCUUCGUGUUGUACACAACUUUGUAAAUAAAUUUUUAAAAUGCUCUGCC